AUGGAGAGGCCGGCGAUUGAGGAGGGAGCGGCGUCGGGCGGCGGUGAGGAGGAGAAGGAUCUCGCUGGCUGCUGGUUCGGCAGAGAAGAGGAGAUCGCCGUUUCUUGUGACGCGACGCGCGCGACCGUGGGCGACCUUGCGAUAGCGCGAGGCGCGAGGCGCGCGGCCGCGGGCGACCACGGUCUCCUCGCAACAAUAACAGGAGAUCUAUUUGACUGUGUUGAUAUGUACAAGCAACCAGCAUUUGACCACCCUUUGUUGAAAAAUCAUACUCUUCAGUUAAAACCAAGUAGUCUUCCAAAGGGAAUGAAGCUUGGAAAAUCUAAACCAACUUCUUUUUAUGGAUUCAAUGAUACUUGUCCUUCUGGCACUGUUCUCGUCCAUCGUGCUCGAAAACAAGAUUUAACUAAGUCUCAACUUUUGAGAAAUCAAUUUAGAGCACAAGCCAUAGCUAACGACACAAUCGCAAAUCGAAAUCACUACGCAAUAAUUGAAAAUAUAUAUGGUCCAUUUUAUGGAGCGUACGCAAAAAUGGCAACUUAUAAGCUUCCAAAUCUAAAAGCUGAUCAAACAUCAUCUAGCACUAUAUAUCUUUUUGGUGAUACACAUGUUCCAGACAAUGAAGUCAAUGUGAUCCAGGCCGGUUGGCAGGUUUCCACAGCCUUGUAUGAUACCAGUUAUCCUCGUUUUUUUACUUUUUGGACUAGUGAUGGGAAUGAGAAAACGGGAUGUUUAAACUUGAACUGCCCUGGUUUUGUCAGCACCACUAAUAUUUAUGGACCUGGAAGUUUUAUUCCUGAAUUUUCUACUUACGGUGGUGAACAGAAAUAUUUAUCCAUACUAAUCGCUAGGGAUUCUCAAACAGGGAAUUGGUGGGUUACUUAUAAUGAUCAAUUACCUCUUGGGUAUUUCCCUAAGGAAUUGCUUCCUAAGAUGCAGGAUCACGCAUACGUUCUUCAAAUGGGUGGGUUUGUUGACUCUCCCUUGAAUGUGCCGAGCCCUCCGAUGGGCAGUGGUCAUCCAAGUAAUGAAGGACGUAAUAAAGCUGCUUAUUUCAUUCAAGUUCAGGUAGUGGAUCGCUGGAAUGAUUUGGUCAAAUUGGAUUCUCAACUUAUUGAGACUAAGUCAGAUAUUAGUGAUUAUUAUAGCGUAGCUGAUGAUCAUGAUACAUUUGGUAAGGAUACAAUAACAGGAGAUCUAUUUGACUGUGUUGAUAUGUACAAGCAACCAGCAUUUGACCACCCUUUGUUGAAAAAUCAUACUCUUCAGUUAAAACCAAGUAGUCUUCCAAAGGGAAUGAAGCUUGGAAAAUCUAAACCAACUUCUUUUUAUGGAUUCAAUGAUACUUGUCCUUCUGGCACUGUUCUCGUCCACCGUGCUCGAAAACAAGAUUUAACUAAGUCUCAACUUUUGAGAAAUCAAUUUAGAGCACAAGCCAUAGCUAACGUCCCAAUCCCAAAUCGAAAUCACUUCGCAAUAAUUGAAAAUAUAUAUGGUCCAUUUUAUGGAGCGUACGCAAAAAUGGCAACUUAUAAGCUUCCAGAUCUAAAAGCUGAUCAAACAUCAUCUAGCACUAUAUAUCUUCUUGGUGAUACACAUGUUCCAAGCAAUGAAAUCAAUGUGAUCGAGGCCGGUUGGCAGGUUUCAACAUCCUUGUAUGAUUCCAGUUAUCCUCGUUUUUUUACUUUUUGGACCAGUGAUGGGCAUGAGAAAACGGGAUGUCCAAAUUUGGACUGCCCUGGUUUUGUCAGCACCACUAAUAUUUAUGGGCCUGGAAGUUUUAUUCCUGAAUUUUCCACUUACGGUGGUGAACAGAAAUAUCUAUCCAUACUAAUCGCUAGGGAUUCUAUAACAGGGAAUUGGUGGGUUACUUAUAAUGAUCAACUACCUCUUGGGUAUUUCCCUAAGGAAUUGCUUCCUAAGAUGCAGGAUCACGCAUACGUUAUUCAAAUGGGUGGACAUGUUAACUCUCCCUUGAGUGUGCCGAGCCCUCCGAUGGGCAGUGGUCAUCCAAGUAAUGAAGGACGUAAUAAAGCUGCUUAUUUCAUUCAAGUUCAGGUAGUGGAUCGCUGGAAUAAUUUGGUCAAAUUGGAUUCUCAACUUAUUGACACUAAGUCAGAUAUUAGUGAUUAUUAUAGCGUAGCUGAUGAUCAUGAUACAUUUGGUAAGGAUGUAUAUGUUUUUGCUUAUGGAGGAGCGGGAGGUUUCUAA